AUGAAGGGUCACCUUAGUAGGUGUAAGUUGUUUAAGAAGCAUGAGGAGAGUGGUAGUCAGAAAGUGUUGGCUAGUGAGGGCAGUGGAGUUAUGACAGCAGUCAAGUAUGAUAAAGGUCUGUUUAGGAGAUCUGUGAAUGAGAUGAUAGUGCUUAAUGAGCUACCUUUUGCAUUUGUGGAAUCAGAAGGGUUUAGGAGAUUCUGCAGCAACAAUCUUCCCAUGUACACAGUUCAUUGCAGGAAGACAUCCACUUCUGAUAUUUAUGGGAUGUUUUUGAGUGAGAAAGCUGCUUUGAAAGAGUUGUUUGGUCAGAAAAAACAGAGAGUGUCGAUGACAACCGACAUUUGGGUCGCUCCAACCACUUCUUGUAGUUACAUGGUGGUCACAGCCCACUGGAUUGAUAGAGAUUGGAAAUUGCAGAAGAGGAUCAUUAGCUUCAAACCUGUUAUUGAUCACAAAGGAGAUACAAUUUCAUCACACUUGAUUGGCUGUCUCGAAGAAUGGGGAAUCGAGAAAGUAUUCACGGUGACAGUUGAUAAUGCAAAAGCGAAUGAUAAAGCUCUAGGGGCGUUCACAAAUGCUUUGAUAAUGAAAGGACCUGAUGCAUUAGUUAGAUGUGGUGAUUAUCUUCACAUGAGGUGUUGUGCUCACAUUUUAAAUUUGAUUGUCAAAGAUGGUUUAGCUAAAGCAAAUCAGAGUAUCAUGGCAAUUCGGAAUGCAAUCAAGUAUGUGAGGUCAUCAGGUGAUAGAUUCAAAUCUUUUCUGUUGAGGGUUGAGACUGGAAAUGUGAGUAGAGGAAGCUUGUGUCUUGAUGUUAGCACUAGGUGGAACUCCACCUAUCUUAUGCUCACUGCCGCAAUCAAGUUCAGAGUUGCGUUUGAGAAGCUGUUGGUUGAGGAUAAGUUGUACAAUGAGUAUUUCAUGGAGAAAGAAGAUAGUGGAGAGGAUGGAGCUGAAGCAGAGAAACGUGUUGGUCCUCCAACAUUUGCUAAUUGGGAUGAAGUGCAAAGGUUUGUUAAAUUUCUGAAAAUCUUUUUCAAUUGCACAUUAGCCUUCUCUGCAACAAAAUCAGUGACAUCUUCUAUUGCCUACAAUGAGAUCGUCGUUAUCGAGAGAAACUUGAUCAGUCUAAGCUGCCAUAGUGAUUCUCUCUUAAAGACGGAAGCAAUGGUGAUGAGGUCCAAGUUUGAGAAGUAUUGGGAUGGUCUUAUCAACAUGAAUCCACUAGUAAUCAUUGCAAGUGUGUUUGAUCCAAGGAACAAAAUGCAAUUUGCUACUAUUUGCUUCGACAAGCUUUAUGGAAAAGAUAGUGUCGAAGCUACUCAUCUCAGAUCAUCAAUUAAGAGUGUGAUGAAGAAGCUAUACGAGGAGUAUGCCUCGAAGCUUAGCCCCACCCCUUCUCAAGGUGAGAGCAGUAGUGCUGCCAGAAGUGAUAAUGGAGAAUCAGUAGAUGUAAGUGCCAUGUUUGAUUUGUGA